AUGUCCAGCAGGCAGCUCCGUAAGCUGCAGAAGCAGAGGGAGCUCGAGGCUCUCGAAAAGCCAGCCUUGGAGGAGAGUGAGGAGAGCGAGGACGACAUACCAAUCGCCAAGCCGAAACCUAGUCUUUUCUCUGGAUUCGCAGCUCUUGGUGGCGACGACGAUCAAGACGAUGACGACGAGGACAACGAGCCAGAACCGGAGCCUGAGAAGGAGGAAGAGCCACAGCCCGUAGAGGCCCCAAAGACGUCGGCCAAGAAAAACAAGAAGAAAAAGAAGAAGGCCAAAAAGGCCGUCGAGGAGACUUCCAGCAAGGACGCACCCGCCGAAGCCGAGCAUGAUGACGAGAUUGAGAAAGCUCUCCGCGAACUCAACUUGAAGGCGCAAGCGUCUGGCAAUGCAGCCCACGCCGUCACAACACCGGCCACCAUAGCCUACGAACGGAUUUGUGAGCUUUUGCGCAUCAAUACCUACCACUUGAAGGUUCUUAACGAGAUGCGCAACCUCUUUGGGCGGGAUGCCAUGGAGGCCGCACAUGCCGAAGAACAGGAAGAGGAGCACAAUCGCACCAGGCGGCGAGGCAUGCAGCAGCUGCAGCAGAACGUAGAUCUCGAGACUUACCUCAAAGGUGUGCCAGGCAAAUCGCUACCAGAAGUCACCCUUCGACGCAACCCUUUUUUGCCCGGAAAGGAGAUAUGGCCACGCGCUGCAACAGAUGGCCUCACUAUGAAGCAAAUCAACGAUGGAGCCAUGGAUACAAAGUGUGGGACUGUCGAAUUUGGAUUCGCGCAUGAUGAGCGUUACAACAGUCUCGAAACAACUUUCUUCCAGCUUGUACAGAUGUACGACCCUAUGCAGCUUGUCCAUUUCCUCCAUCGGCACCCGUAUCACAUCUCCACAUUGAUCCAGGUUAGCAAGGUGGCGAAGCAGGACCAGAACAAUGCAUUGGCUGGUGAUCUGUGUGAAAGAGCACUAUUCACUUUCGGUCGAGUAUCGAUAUCAGCCUUUCGCCAGAAAAUGGAGGAGGGCAAGGCACGACUCGAUUUUAGAAGACCAGAGAAUCGACAGUUCUGGUUGGCUGUGUAUCACUACCUGAAGAGCUUGACCAUGAAGGGAACGUACAGAACAGCCUUGGAAUGGGCGAAACUUCUUCUCAGCAUGGACUUGAGUGAUCCUUAUGGCGUCAUCCACUUUUUGCAUCCACUGGCAAUCCGUGCACACGAGUCGAAAUGGUUUAUUGAUUUCUGCGACUCGGAAGCGCUCGACCACUGCGACACUGCCCAGGACUACAUUAGGCAGACUGUUGUGCUUGCUCGGCUGCAGCAGAAGGAUACCGCGGGUGCAAAGGCCUUGGCAGUCGAGGGUAUGGAACGACUUCCUUGGCUGUAUAGCGCUCUUUUCAAGUCACUCAACCAAGAUGUUCCACGUGCAAUAUGGGGCAUGGAGCCGCGCGACGAUCACGAGCAACUCUUCACUGAAUUAUAUAUCCAUCAGACCAAGCAAUUGUGGGAGAACUCACAAGCCCUUGGAUUGCUCAAGGAAGCUGCCAGCCUUGCGCAGAAGCCAGCGAUAGCUUCCCUGCCACCGCCACCGCUUGCUGGCCGCAAUGUUGGCCGCUUCGUCUACCUAGACAACACGCCGGCACUGAUGGGGUUGGUUCCUGGAGGGAUGCUGCACGGAUUUCCAAACUGGGACUUUGACCCCCUUCCACCUACUCAGGAGGACAACAUCUUUUCUUACGAAACCCAGUGCUUACCAUGGAACCCAGAACCUCCCGCAGCUGGGACGGGACUACAAGCUCUCAACUUGGCCAAUGUGGGCGGACGGAAUGCGAUCUUACGCAUGAUUGACAUGGCGCGACGACAAGGCGCACCACCCAACGCACUUCGAGCCUUGGAAGAAGCAAUGGCAGGUUUGGACCCGAAUGCUGAUGGCAAUGUGGUCGAUCCAGCAGAUGACUCGGAAGAGGAAGAUCGGGAUGAAGAGCAGGACGACACCAACCAAGAACAACAACGUGGAAGAUGGGAGGCCUUUGUCGACUACAUCAUGCCUACACGUUUUGCACAUGCAUCGGCUGAUGGCACGUCAAAUCUGCAACAGCACAGCAACAUGGCACCUGGUGGAUGGCCGAGUGAUAGCGACGAUGAUGACGACAUGCCCGCUAUUAUUCAAGAGGCACUAGAAGACUCGGAUGUUGAUCUGCCAAAUGUUGCUCCAGGCUCAGCGAAUAAUUCCAAUAACAAUGGGGGCAGGCAAGCGACAGUUGAGGACGAUACCGACGACGACAUGCCUAGCAGAGGUUGA